CGAAAGGUUUUAGCUCACUGUCCCAAAGUAGUCUUAGUUCUAAAUAACUGGCGUAUUUUUUUCAUUGGACUUUGUGAAUUAUUAAAUUAUUGGGUUCCAUGCUUUAAGCACAAAAAUAAAAGCACAAACAAAAAUGAUAAGUAGUACAGAUGAGAUUUUUCCUGUUAAAAACGGACUGAGCAGAAUAAUAAUAAUAAAAAAAAUUAUUUCAGGAUCAGUAGCGUAAAGGCAAGAACGGACCUUGAAGUAAAGGGGGUUAUAAUAAAGAUUUUUCCUCUUGUUAACGUUCCAAUUAGUUUGUUGAAAUUGUUUCAGUGCUGUAUUUUAGAAAAAUUUGUGAAAACCACCAUCUUCUGCCAGUUUCCUUUUCAUCUGUAAAAAUUCACCAUAUUGCACCAAGGUGUGGUAUAAUACGCAUGGACAUCUUUGAUUGCAAUAGUUCCAUAUCCGAAAGUAAUGCAGAUCUCAGUUCUGUUUUAAUCUCUGCAGCAGAUAUGAGGACAGGAAUGCUAGACGAUACUUUGUGUGAUGAUGAGGCACUGUCAGAAAAAGACAUUACUAGUGAUUUAGCUAGUCUAGAUAAUUUAGAAAUUCUACAUACUUGCAGUGACAAUGAUUUUUCAAGCACUAAUGUCAUGGAUUGUUUGUCAAAUAUAAAUCAUUCACCUGAAACAUUUGAUAUUCCUUCCAUUGAUAAUGAUGAUUCAGUUCUCCCUUUAUAUGGACCUUAUGCAGAGUUUGAGUCUCCUUCAUUUGAAACUCAUGUCAUUGAUCUCCAUGCAGUUCCAGGAGUUUGUGGCCUUCGUAAUUUAGGAAACACUUGUUUCAUGAAUGCUGGAUUACAGUGUCUUUUAAACAACAAAAUAUUUAAGAAUUUCUUUUGUGAGCAAGAACUUGAGUCGUUUGUGAAAGGAACAUUAUCUUAUAAAUUUGCUGAUAUUAUGAAAAAAGUAUGGAGUGGUUCUUAUUCUAUGCUAAAUCUAAGUGAAUUUAAGGAGUGUUUUGGAGCAUUGCAUCUGCAGUUCCAAAACUUUCGACAACAUGACUGUCAAGAAUUUUUAGCAUUAUUAUUGGACACAAUGCAUGAAGAAUUGAAUUCUGCAAGUAAGUCGAAGGAUAAAGUGAAUAACACACAUAUAGUUAGAAAGAGCUGUGAAAAUUCUUUAUCUUCAAGUUCGAGUAAGCCUUUGCAAUUUGAAGGUGAAUAUGAGAAAAAGAUGGAAGUUUGUGAUGCAAAAGAAACCUCUGAAAAGAAUGUGGAAUUAAAUAGUACAUCUGCUUUUGAAUCAGGACAAGAAUUUCAUACAGAUAUAGCAAAAAAUAGUAUUCUUAUGAAUGGAAGUUCUGGUCCAAAUAACAUAAAACAAAUGAAAAAUGUUUCCAGUAGUGUCAAAAAGAAAAAUUUAGAAUUAGAUACUGCCAUUUAUGAAAGAAAUACAGAAAAAAUGGCAGAUUUACUGAUUAAUAACAAAAAAUUGGAAGAAAUUUUAAAUAAAAAUGAAUUAGAUGUUCCUCAAGAUAUGCAUGAACAAAAUUACUCUAAUCAUAAAAUAAAAACUGAAGCAAAAAAUAAUAUACAGCAUGUUAGUGAAAAGUUAGAAAAAAAUAUACUUGCUAAUAAAUUUAAUUCAUCUCGUAAGAUUCCGAGUAUUGAAGAUUUUGUUAAAGAUACAAAAACAUUAAACACGAAUGUGUUAGUGUCUGAUGAAACUAAUAAUUUGUUUAAAUUUGACAGUGAGAAGUUUCCUAAACAUGAUUUUAAUCGAUUACAAGAAACAGUUGAUAACUUGGGACAGAUUGUUGAUUUAGGAGGUAAACAAGGUGGUGUAAAAAGAGUGAAAAUAACAAAUAUUAUGCAUGAAAAACAUAAGAUUCUAGAAAAUAAUUCUGAACAUUCUUCCUGUUCUGCUCUCCAUAAAAGACUGAAGAUUGAAAAUAUGGAUACCAAUUUAGAUUCUCCAGUGACUGAGCCAGAAGAUGCGAUCGAUAUGGAACAAAUACCUGGAGAUGAGUGUUCCGAUAAUUCCAGCCAGUCAAGUGAAUUGUAUGCUUUGAAUUCAGAAUGCCGUGUUUUGCUGUUUGCUGAGGAAAUUCGUAGAGCGUACAAUCAUUGGGAGCAGUAUAAAUCUCAGAAUCAGUCUGUGAUUAUUGAUACUUUUCAUGGACAGUUCCGUAGCUCAGUUGUAUGUUCUCAAUGUUCACAUGUUUCUAUCACAUAUGAGCCAUUCAUGUAUCUUCCAGUUUUCCUUCCUCAUGCUUUAGAAAGGCAGAUAGUGAUCACCUUUAUACAAAACAAUGGGAUGCCUCCAGUUUGCUACCUCGUGAAUGUAAAUAAAUUUGACCGAGUGCAUAAAAUUAGAGAAGCUUUGCAAAGGCUGUUAGAUGCCACUGCCGAGGAGAUAAUAUUAGCCGAAGUUUUCGAAAAUCAUAUCUCUAGGAUUUUGGAUGAAAAUCAAUCAAUUUCUCGUGUGAAUGAUUCUUCUAGAUCAGUUUAUGCUUUUGAAGUUGGAAAAAUAUGUGAACAGAACUCUGAUAAUACUAAAAAUUCAAAUGCUAUCCCUUUAGAUUGUACCGAAGACAAAAAGAACUUCACGAACACUUCUAGUUUCUUUGGAAAUGGUGUACAAAAACAAACAAGUGAAGUAGAGCUUUUACAAAACUGUGAUCUAUUAAAAUGUUCUAGUCCUUUAUUAGACAAGCAGAAAGAAGACAAUUUGUGCCUAGUAACUGAUCUUAUGCAAAACAAUCCUGCUUGCAAAUAUGAUGCUGCUAAAGUUAAUUUAGCUGGUGAAUUUUUGCCAGUGUCAGGGCCUGUACAGUGGCAUUCAUGUGCUAUUUGUCUAGAAGAAUUACCUGAUUACAGUUUAUCUUUACAUCCUAGUUGUGAAUGUAUUCUUUGCAGUAAUUGUAUUGAAGUUUCAUGCAAACAUUAUGGAGGUGCUACUUUUAUUUGUCCAGUAUGCAGUUCAUCUGUAUCACCCACAGAUGAUUUUGUUCCUCUCACUAGAAUUGGAGACUACAAAUUUAAAAUUAGUACAAUUGCUAUACCAAUUGUUAUGCGCCACGAUGUGUUUCAAGAAGAUAUUUUGAAAGAGAAAAAUCUCAUUGGUCAUCCUGGUCUCCUGAAACUGCCUUCAUCAUUGCCAGCUUCUAAACUGUAUGAGCAUGUAGAUAAGGCUAUUCCAUUUUUAUCAACCUAUUCGCUUUUGCUUGUUGAUGGGCAGGGUAAAAACUGUUCUCGCUGUUUUUACAAUGAGCAUUGUUCUGGCUGUGAAAUAGCUCGUGUUGGGGAAAUUAGACUGCAUCCUGGUGAUAGCAUAGCUGUCAGAUAUGUAGACCUUCCUCCUGAAGUCUUAGCAUCAGCUUCAUUUGUGGCAGAACAUAAAUCAAUGCAGCAAGCUCGCCAUAAAGCUGAACUAGAUAUUUAUGAUUGUUUAGAGUAUUUUAGUGAAAGAGAAAGUUUAGAUGAGGAUAGUCCAUGGUUUUGUCCAGUAUGCCGACGUAAUCAACAAGCUACCAAGUCACUUUCUGUUUGGAAGUUUCCUGAAGUAUUAAUAAUAUGUCUGAAACGCUUUGUCUUUCAUAAUUUUGUGAGUAUGAAGGUAGAAGAUAAAGUGUCGUAUCCAUUAGAAGGCUUAAAUUUGUCUUCAUUUUCAUCUGGGCCAUUUUCUGGAGAACUUGUUUAUGAUUUGCAAGCUUGUGUUUGCCACUUUGGGGGUGUUAGUGCUGGUCAUUAUACCUCCUAUUCCAAGCAUGCUAUGUCCAAUGAAUGGUAUUACUAUAAUGAUGAAAAUGUGAAAAAAGAAUCUCCAAAUACUGAGGAAUGUGUCAGUGAAUAUAUUCUUUUUUAUCAAAAGAGAUAGCCUUUCAGAAGCCUCAUCUUUCAUAGCCUGUCAAGCAAUAAGCUAAAUUUAUACAUGAAAUGUGUAAUUUCAGGACACAGUACAGUUUUAAUUUUUGCCAUGCUCACAAGAAAUAAACAAUAUUUUCGAUAGCUGUCAGAUAUAUCACUGAGCUAAAAACUGGAAGUAACUCUCUAGCAUUUUAAGUAGCUCACUUCUUUUUGUCUUUAAGUGUUUUAUCAGAUCAGUAUUAUAUUUGAUAUAACUGGAUGUGAUAUUUAAAUGUGUUCAUGUUUUCAAAGAAAGUCAGUGAACUGAAAAUCAUUAUAUCUGACAGAAUGUAAAAUAAAAUUGCCAGUUAUUAAUUCAUGUGUACAGAUUUUAAACAGGAAAAAUUAAGAAAUGUUUAAGCAUUUAUUUGAAGAAAAAAUUAGUGCUGGUUGAAGUUUUGAGGUUAAUUUUUGUGACUUGUCUUUCCCCAUUCUUUUAGAUCAUUAAAAAAAUUUCUAAUAUUGUGUUUUGUUUAUUAGCAAAAUUUUAAUUAUGCUAUAACAAAAUAUAUUGAUGUUAUUUAAUUUAAUGUCUGUAGGUUUUUUUUAUAAACAGUAAAAUGUAUGUCAGCUGGGUGCUUCUUUCACAAUGCACUUGUCACACAGGAAAGAGUUUUGUUCAGAUUUUAUUAUUUCCAGACAUUGUAAUAGUGACAUUUUAAAUUUAUUUUCUAACAUGUUAUUUAAAUUAUGCAUAUUCAUUAAAUUAUAUUUAUUUUAUUGUGAAUUUUUUAUAAGUUAUAGGACAGUACGUAUAGCAUUGUGUACACCAAAGAGCCUUGUGAUUACAUUAGGACCACUUGCUUAAUAAUAUAUAGGACUUCUUCCAGCCUGUAAAAUAGCUACCACUAUACCUUUAUAGUAUUGGAUUCAGUGGGCUGACAACAAGUAUCAUUUAAUAUUUGGUACUGUAACUUCAACAGCAUAUUCUGGCAUUCCCUUACAUUUUGAGAUGAUACUUAUGUAGCGAAAAUCAGGUCCUUAGUUGAGAAAUUCAGGUCUGGUGAAUUUAACUGCUGUAAAUGUCAAAUGAAAUUCAUGUUUCUUGAACUCCUCCUUGAUAAUGCUGAUAGCACUGUAGGUCAUAUUGUCUAGCUGGUAAUGGUCAUUAGUACAAUCUGUUAUUUUAAAAAGGCAUUUGAAGGCCAUUUUCUGCUUUCAGGCUUAUUUUCUAACCAUGAUAAAGACAGCUGCAAUAGUUGAUUGAAUCUCCUAAUCUCCAUCACCGCAACUUCAUACACACUUCAUUUCCUAUUGGCUUCUGAAAACACACAAAUAAGAAAAUUAAAUGUGUGUGUGUAAAAUUAAAUGUGGCUCCUGAAAACACACAAAUAAGUGCUGCACAGUGAUGGCACCAUUACAAUCAUAAAUGAAGGAGGGUCAGAAAGUCCUUGAAGCAGCCAUUUUAAAGCAACAGAAUAUUGCUGGGAACACAGCUGCCAUGAAUAGGUAAUUUGGUCCACUGUGAGGUUCACAUAUUUGACAACUCUUAGAAAUAUUUCUACUGGUGUAAUCCUAAAGUUUCUCAUUAAAAACAGCAUCAUACCAACUUUGGCCAAGGAUGCCAUUUUGUAAUAUGGGAAUCGAUGUAUAUCCAUUAGGUUGCUUGUGUGACAGCAUUAAAUGCAAUUUAUUGUCCUGAAACCACUUCUGGCAGAAUGGCUCAGUGCUGUAAGUAAUGAUCAUUACCAGCUAGGAAUGUAUUUAAUGUGAAUAUGUGAGCUUUGUUCAUAGUGAGGUUCAGAUGGCUGAUGACUGUCAAGAAUUACUGCUGUGGGAUAAUGGUCGGUAAUUUUCUCUGGGAUCAUUACCCACAGCAUCAUAUCUCCAUUGCUAGCCUGUAACAGACUAACAUUAUAUCCAAAUGCCAUUAAUGAUAAAUAUUCAGCCAUCUCUGUAAUACUCCAGGAAUGUGAUUUCAGUAGAUUAGCUUAUUUUUUUUAAGUAUGCAGAAUCCGUUGUCAAUGAUAUUAUGCCUAUUUAAUGCAUUUUCAUUUAAGAAAUGCAAUUAACAUUGGGACCUGAUAGGGUCUGUGGCUAUGCAGGGUCAUGCACAUGAGAUUUUGAUAAACUUUGUAUGAUGAAACAGUUCUUUAUCCAUCACUUUUGUAACUGUAAGUGAUUUUUCGAACCACAGCUCUGUAAUCAUUAUGAACAAUACUCAAUAGUUAUUGCUGUCAUCAUAGAAUUAUUAUUUGUUAUGCAACUGAAGAAUGGCUUAUCAUUUGCCUGUUAUUGCAUUGGUUUUAAUAAACAACUUCCAACAGCACAUCAGCUGUUCCUUAGCAGAGAUACUGAUUUCAAGGCACCAUGCUAUCAAAAUUUUUUUAAUUUUGAAAUUUCUAACUUCUAGGUCACAAAUUUCAGGCAGGAUACAUAAGCAGUUUUUACCUUUCUGGCAAUAGAUAUAUUAUUAAAACAAGGCUAGUUUGGGGUUUUUAUAUUAUUGACAGAUACUGAAUUUAAUGAAUUUCAUUCUAAAAUCAAAAUUUAUUUACCAGCAUUACUAUUUCCUAAAUUUGCUAAUAAAUAUACCAAAUAAAGUUAUCUAAAAUGACAUUUGGGCACUGUGCAAUAAUAUUCUUCCAUAACAGGUAUGACUGUUUUUUUCUUAUACUUAUUUCUGUAGGCUCUUUGGUGUAUAUAUUCAUUCAGAAUUCACAUAGCUUCAUUUUGUAAAGAUCAACAGUGAAUGGGCAGAUGAACUUCUUGAAACUUAUGUUUCUUAUUGAAUGUGGAAUUCAUACAUUAAUUAUGUUGCCAAAGUGAUUUUUGUUCUCUGCUGAGCAUGUGUUGAUGCAGUGCUUCAUGUUUGUGAUAAUUUAAUAUUAAGUGUAGCAUCAUCAAUGUCCAUGAUCUCAUCGAUUAUAAGUCUUCAAGUGUCUGCAGCUUAUUGCAAAAAAAAAUUUUUUUUUUUUUUUUUUUUUUUUUUUUUUUUAAAAAAUGUCACAAAAAGAAGUCUGACCUGACUAGUUGGGGUAAUUAGAGUGUCCACAGAUUCUUCAAAAGUUUGCAGUUACAAAAAAAUCUGUUCUUGAUAUAAAGAUCAAAUUAUGCUUUCUUGCUGUAAAAUCUCAGCUGUUUUUGCAUCAUUUGCUAGCUGUAUAUUCUGUGAAAAUCCCCAUGCCAGGUUACCAAAUGUAAGAGUAUACAUGAUAUAAGUAUCUCCAUGAAGUACAUGUUCUGAAACAUUGUUAUAUUUAUCACUGUUGUAGCCUGUAAUUUUUUUAUCCUGUUGAUAAGAACCAAUGAAUAGAAGAAUUUGCUUUUCAGGGAUAUUUGCGUACUUUACAGCUAUUAAGAAUAUUUUUGUUGGUAUAAAUGUGCCUUAUAAUUUCCCUCGCAAAUUUCACUUACAGCACCAACUCCAACUUUGGUCUGUAUCAGUCCAAUGUGUCAUAGCCUCAGGUUAUAAUAGACAGAUAUGUGCCAGGUCAUCUAUACAGCACUAUGACAUGAAUGAUAUUCAUCAUCAUAUUUUUGAAACCAUUUAUUUAUGUUCCUAGACUGCAGUUCUCUGGUUGCUGUGAACAUGGAUAACUCAUUGCUGGCCUUUGUCAUCAGUGAGCAGAGGUUGAGCUCAUUGCUGAAUCUUGCAUCAUUUCUUAUAUGUAUUUUUACAAGUGGCAGUCUUUUUUUUUUUUUUUUUUUUUUUUUUUUUUUUUUUUUUAAUUCUGUAGUGUAGACAAAAGUAAUUGUAGAAUGUGGGACUGUUGCGGUGAUAUUUUAAAUUCGCUUGGCAGAAUUUGAUGAGAAUAAAAAAAUGUUUUACAAUUGUAUAAUUUCCAAGAAUCGGAAUUGCCAUUUUAACAAACCCCAGUAUCUUUUUGUGAGAUUUUAAGAGAAUUUUUAUUAGUAAGUCAUGAAUACUCUUACACUUGGAGAAAAAUGUUAUUGAAUGAGAUAGGAAACAUCAAUAUUUUGACACUGCACUGAAAACCAAAAAUAUGCAGCAAUGCUUCAGUAUGUGCUCUCCAGUAAUAUGAAGCUUACUUAAUGUAUAUCACGUAUUGCUAUGUAUUUAACAAGACUUCCAAAAAUUUCUGUUCGCCUAUUGUUGAUCAAUAUUUGGAACCUCCUAAUUUGUUUCUGUAUGAAUUUUCAUGCAUAAUCAUAAUUUAUCUCGCUGAAUUAGCAACUCUGCAUUCAAUGUUGAAUUUUUUUCUUUACAUUUAAUUUAUAUUUGUGCCAUAGCAUGAAUUAAUAUGAGAUAACUGUACUGUAAUUAUUUAAUAAUUUGAGUUAAAGGGGAAAAAAGGGUGUCUUUUUUUAUGUUAUAAUUUAUUGUCAAUAACAUACUGUUUCCAGUAAUUGGUACUUGAAACUUUGUAAUAAAUGGUUUUUUACUCGA